AUGUCGGUGGCGACCGGGGGCAGCGAGACGGCGGCAGCAGGCGGCGGCGGCGGGAACCGUGUUUUCUUUCAGAGCCCCCGCGGCGGCGGGAGCGGCGGCUCCUCCGGUGGUGCCUCCCGGGAGGACUCAGUGUCGGCGCCGGCGGCGGUGGUGCAGGUGCAGCAGCGACGCCACCAGCAGGGGAAAGUGACGGUGAAAUACGAUCGGAAGGAGCUGAGGAAGCGGUUGGUGCUGGAGGAGUGGAUCGUGGAGCAGCUGGGGCAGCUCUACGGCUGCGAGGAAGAAGAGAUGCCAGAUGUAGAAAUUGACAUCGAUGACCUUCUUGAUGCAGCCAAUGAAGAGGAGAGAGCUCUCAAAUUACAGGAAACUCUUGUAGAUUGCUACAAACCAACAGAGGAAUUUAUCAAAGAGCUGCUAACUCGGAUAAGAGGAAUGAGGAAACUCAGCCCCCCUCAAAAGAAGAGUAUAUAA